AUGGCUGCACCAAUUAAAGUAGUAGUGACCGGGGCUGCUGGACAAAUUGCGUAUUCUCUUUUGUAUCAAAUUGCUUCCGGUGCUGUAUUUGGUCCUGACCAGCCAGUAUACUUACACCUGCUUGACAUAGCUCCAAUGAUGGGAGUUCUAGAAGGUGUUGUAAUGGAACUUGCCGAUUGUGCACUACCACUUCUCACUGGUGUUCUCCCCACUGCUAACCCUGAAGAGGCUUUCAAAGAUGUUGCUGCUGCCUUUUUGGUUGGAGCUAUGCCCAGAAGAGAGGGAAUGGAAAGGAAAGACUUACUUUCGGCUAAUGUACGCAUUUUCAAAGAACAAGGUCAGGCAUUGGAUAAAGUGGCUAAAAAAGAUGUAAAAGUACUUGUUGUAGGUAACCCUGCAAACACCAAUGCUCUGAUUUGUUCUAAAUAUGCUCCAUCUAUUCCAAAGGAAAACUUUACUGCUAUGACACGACUUGAUCAGAACCGCGCUCAGUCUCAGUUAGCAGCAAAAUUGGGAAUCCCUGUGCAGGAUGUUAAAAAUGUAACUAUUUGGGGCAAUCACUCAUCCACACAGUUCCCCGAUGCUUCUAAUGCCAUUGCUAAGAUUAACGGGGUUGAGAAACCAGUCCCUGCUGCUAUCAAUGAUGAUGAAUAUCUGAAAACCACAUUUGUCACCACUGUACAAAAGCGUGGUGCUGCUGUUAUAGCUGCCAGAAAAAUGUCUUCAGCUUUGUCUGCUGCUAAGGCAGCAUCUGACCACAUGCGGGAUUGGUUCUUGGGCACUGGAGACCGCUGGGUAAGCAUGGGUGUUGUGUCUGAUGGUUCAUAUGGCACCCCUCGCGAUAUUGUCUUCUCUUUCCCUGUAACCAUCAAUAAUGGAAAAUGGAAGAUUGUUGAGGGCCUUACUAUCUCAGAUUUUGCCCGACAAAUGUUAGAUAAUACAGGAAAGGAGUUAGUAGAAGAAAAGCAGGAUGCUUUGGAUGUCUGCAAGGAUUGA